AUGUCGUUCAAGCAGCUCCCCAAGGCCGUCAAGGAGCUCCGCCUGCACCUCUGCCAGACCUCGCCCGCCUCCGCUGGUGUCAGGCAGUUCAUCAAGGCCUCGUACCCGGCCCUCAAGUCGGCCAACCCCGACGUCAAGGUCCUCAUCCGUGAGGCCCAGGGUGUCUCCCCCCGCGCGUUCGUUCGCUUCGAGCGCGGUGUCGAGCAGCAGGCUGGCCUCGACAACCUGUCAGAGACCGACGUCGCCGCGGCCCUUACCAAGCUUGCCGGCCAGUAG